CUACAUACCACACAAAGCAUAAAGAAGAUGAAGGUAUUUUUGCCUUUUUGGAUGAAUUGAAUUAAAUACAAAUAAGUUUAAAACUUCUUUUUGAAGAAUGACCCGUCUCUAUUAAGCUGACUCAGGAACCCGCUGAAGAUGGCUGAGGACUUUGGUUUCUUUUCUUCCGACAACGGUACCACGGGCAGCGCCGAGGAGGACCCGGCCGCCGCCUUCCUUGCGCAGCAGGAAAGCGAGAUCGCCGGCAUCGAGAAUGACGAAGGGUUCAGUAUCCUGGACGGGGGCGAGGUGCCGCCGGCCUUGCAACCGCACUCGGACGAUGUGGGAGAUGGUUUUAAAGAAGAAUUGGCUGCAGUUAAUGGAGAAGUAUACCAGGAAUCAAAUGGUCCAAAUGACAGUUAUGCGGCAAUAGCUCGAGCAGACCGCUUGAGUCAGGAACCAGAAAGCAUUCGAAAGUGGAGAGAAGAACAGAUAACCCGUCUAGAAAAUCUUGAUGCUGCUUCUCGAAAAGCAGAAAUGGAAUGGAAAGAGAAGGCAAGAAAGGAACUGGAAGAGUGGUACAUUCGACAGAAUGAACAAUUGGAGAAAAUAAAGAAAAAUAACAGGAUCGCUGAUGAAGCUUUCUACAAACAGUCCUUCGCUGAUGUGAUAGGCUACGUAGCUGCAGAAGAGGCCUUUGUCCAGGAUUGUGAAGAAGAUACACCUGGAACAGAAUGGGAACGAGUAGCGCGCCUUUGUGAUUUCAAUCCCAAAACCAGCAAGCAGUCUAAGGAUGUAUCGCGUAUGCGUUCUGUACUGAUAUCACUUAAGCAGUCACCAUUAGUCCGUUAGACCAAUGCUACAUGAGUGUGGGCUUUCCUGUUGCUCUAAUCGCGUCCUACAAAAUUGAUGGCCAUUAGAAUAGAUGGAUGGGUGUUAGUCAUUCCAGUUUGGACCAAACCAGUGUAAAUUACAAAAUCUGAGUUUGAUUAUUUUCCAACUGUGUGUGGUUUGUUGCCAAUUCCUUGGGUUAUUGGGCAAGCAGAUAAAAUGGUUGCUCUCAUACACUCCUGAUUCUCAUUAAUGUUUAACUUUCUCAAUUAUUGAUAUCCCCACACUAUCCUUGUGCUGCAUCACAUGAUUAUUUAUGCAUGAAUUAUGAGUGCAAUCUAUUGGCCCUUGUUUAAAAAAAAUCAUGUUGACUACACUUAUGCAUUAAAGGUUAAAUAUUACAACUG